UUAAAGCUUUACUGGACCUUCCUCACAGCAAGUACAGUUCUUUGUUAACUUGUUUAUUCAGGUCAAAUCAGCAAAGAUGAAACUGCCGCUCUAACUGUUCUGUUUUCCCUUCUCAUGUUUUGUAGCCAUGGCUUCUGCCACCAGUCUGACGGAUGACCAUUUGCUUUGUGCCAUCUGUCUGAGUGCGUUCAACAAACCAGCGUCGAUUCCGUGCGGCCACACUUUCUGUCUUCAAUGUAUUGAGAAACACUGGGUCCAUGGGGGUGUUUUAUUCAACUGUCCACUAUGCAAAGAGGAAUUUUCCCCCAAACCAAUGCUUCGGGUUAAUAUCGUCAUUGCUGAGAUGGAAGAAAAAUUCAAAAACAUGUUUGAAAAUAAGUCUGGGAAUGCUACUGAGGAAACUGGAAAUGGAGAAGUACUGUGCGAUCGGUGCACGGAGCCAAAGUCUGCUGCCCUCAAGUCCUGCUUAGUCUGUUUAAUGUCUUUCUGUGAAACUCAUCUGGAGCCUCAUCAGAAUAAAUCAGCCUUAAAAAAACACAAACUCAUCCUGCCAGUCAAAAACUUGGAAAGCAGGUUGUGCAAGGAUCACGACGAACCUUUGGAGCUGUUUUGCAGAGAUGAUCAAAUGUUUCUGUGCCAGUCAUGCAAACAAAAUGACCAUAAAUGCCACAUGGUAGUGACUCUUGAGGAAGAAGCUCAAUUAAGAAGAGCUCAGCUGGCAGAAGAAAAAGAAGGCACAGAUCAGAUGAUCCAUGCUCGUCAGCAGAAAUUUCAUGAGAUUCAAAGUUCACUGGAGGAAAACAGGAAAUAUGUAGAGGAAGCGCUGUCGUGCAGCAGCCGUGUGAUGACCGCGAUGGGGGAUUUCAUUAAGAGAAGCCAAAUUGAGCUGGCUGAGGUAAUAAAGGCAAAACAGAAUGAAAUAGAAAAGCAAGCAAUUGAUUUCAUAAAUGAAAUGGAUGAGGAAAUGAUCCAAAUAAAAAAGAAAGAACUUCAGCUGAAUGAAGUUUCCCCCACGGAUGACCACUUGACAUUCCUUGAGAAUGUCAUUUCUCUGACCAUCACCUCGCCCCAGGUCAAGGACUGGUCUGACGUGUCGCUCAAGAGUGACCAGCUUGGGAUUCGAGAAGCCGUCGCUGAACUGGAAACGACAAUCACCACAGAGAUAAGCAGGCUGUGUGAUCCUACCUUCAAAGAAAAGCAAAAGUACGCUGUAGAUGUGACACUCGAUCCUGACACAGCAAACCCCUCUCUCAACGUUUCUGAAGAUGGGAAGCAAGUCAUGCACAGAGACCGAAAGAGGAGUGUCCAGAUCAACCCGGAGAGGUUUGACCACGUCCUUAAUGUCUUAGCAAAGGAAGGCUUUUGCUCAGGAAAAUUUUAUUAUGAGGUUCAGGUAAAGGACAAAACACAGUGGAACUUAGGAGUUGCAUCCAGUUCCAUCAACAGGAAGGGGGAUAUAAGACUGAGCCCAAGAAAUGGAUACUGGACCAUUUGUAUGAGAAAAGGAGGUGAGUUUAUUGCCAAUGCAUUUCCUCCAGAGAACCUGCAGGUGAGGAAGUCACCUCAAAAGGUUGGGGUGUUUGUUGACUAUGAGGAGGGACAGGUUUCUUUUUAUGAUGUGGAUGCAAGGGCGAUAAUCUUCUGCUUCUCUGGAUGCACCUUCACAGAGAACCUCUUUCCAUUUUUUAGCCCUGCUGCAAACGAUGGAGGUACGAACUCUGCUCCCUUGAUCAUCACUCCUGUCACAUACAACCGCUGAGAGCUUUCAUUCUCUUUAUUUUAUUGUUCUGGACUUGUGGGGAGCAUUGAGGGAGACCAUAGUAGUGCAACCCUGGAAAAUGUCCUUCUGAUGCAACUGCCUGUCGUUUUCUUUUACCCAUCCAUCAGUGUCAGGGCAGUAUGAUGUCACAUUAUGUCACCCGUCAAAAAGACAACUGUCUGGAUUAAGCUACACGGAUAUUCAGUAUAAUAACUUCGCUGAGCUGGUGCUAAAGUCAUACAUGUCCCUGCCUGAUAAGAAUAAUUUCUUUAUUACCUGACUAUUGAUUUUGACACAAAGAAGCUGAUUUUGUCACCAUAGCUUCAGCAAUAACAAAGGUGUUGUCUGGAUGUCAAAAAAUGUAUGAAA